GAAACACAGUCGAGAGGAGCAUUCGUUCAUUCAUUCAGACUGUGUACUUUAUCCACCAUGUCUGUGUACAACUCGUUCUUUAAGGACUCUUCGUCACUGUGGACUUCUAUCCUGUGCUCGGCUUUCAGCGUGUGGACUCUGGUUCAGGGUGAGGUUCUGGUGAUUGGUUCAAAUCUUCCAAUCAUUGCUGCUCCGGGUGAUGAUGUCAUCCUGCCGUGUCACCUGGCGCCCAUGUUCGAUGUCCAGGGUCUGACGGUGGAGUGGUCCAAACCCGACCUGAAGCCCGACCCGUCGGACCGGCUGAGCCGAGUGGAGUACGUUCACCUGUACAGGGACAGGCAGGAGGUCCCCGACAUGAAGAUGGCCUCGUACUUCAGGAGGACGGAGCUGUUCAUGGACGCCAUGAAACACGGGAACAUUUCACUGAAGAUCCUGAACGUGUCGGAGGAAGACAACGGCAGAUACAGAUGUUUCAUCCCCAAGCUGCGGAGCAGAGUCAAGUCUGCGAUUGUUGAACUUGUAGUCGAUCCAAAUUUUGCUAAAACCUCCACGACGGAGAUGCCGUUGCACUUCCAAACUCCAGAUCCUCAGGACGCGACUCCAGCAAACGCAGGUCGAUCCAGGGUCUCUGCGGUCGCCGUUGUCAUCACCUUCAUGUCGGUUCUGGUUGUCGUCGCUUUUUCUGCAUAUUUCUCUCGCUGCCUUCAUCAGAAAUUAAAUAAGCUUUCAGAAGGCCAAACGACCCAAAGCCAAGUAUAACUAUUCCAGGUGCUUUGCAAACGUUGGUGUUCAUGGAGCUGAGACCAUUUGAGAUUUAUCUUUCCUGGAUCUUCACAGUCAGGUUGGAUAUUUAAACCAGCAGCCACAGGGAGACACUCGGGCCCAGCAGCACUGAGGUCAUCGUAAGGGCAGUGGAUUCUAGUUUUUUUGUUUGUUUUUUUUAAAGCUGAAGACUCAAGCCAUGUUCAGUUUAUUUAUCGAGCUCAUUUUCAAAGAUAAAGAACAUUUAAGGAUUUAAGGACUUCCUAGUCCCGGAUACCCUUUAAUGCAAGACUGAAGAAAACCUCCUGUCCUCAACAUGUAGAAGGAUGAAGAUCAUAUUUAUUUUUAUGGAUUUGUAUUAACUUGAAGCCUUAAAAUUCUAACUAUUAAAAAUUUACACCUUACUGGUUAAGGACAAAGUAAUUCUUCCUAAAAGCUACUAGUGAUGGACAAAUUAAAGAGGAAGUCCUCCCUGAAAUUGAUUUGCUGCUUUGUUUAGAAAGUUUUGUUGGACAUUUCCAGCUCAGUGUGUUGGAAAAAGAUUUUUCUAUCAGUGUGGAUCUUGGAGAUGCAGAAGAUUGUAAAAACAUCAACAGGAUUUGAUGUAACCAUAAAGUUUGGAAACCACAUUCAGGACUUUUUGUUUCUUCAUGUUUACCAAAUCAGUUUAAUGCAAGUCUGAAUCAAAACAGGUCGGUUAUCAUGACGCUGAUGUAGAGAAAGUAUUUACUUACAAAAGCUGUCCUGGAUGACAUCAUUUAACUGAUUUUCACACGAGACUUUAUAUUUUUAAACUAAUUUAUCAAAUUUAGCUUGAAAUUAGCUGGUGGUCAGAUCUCUACGACAGAGUGAAUGUAUUUAUUAAGCUGAUACAGAGCUCCAGUUUAUCUAAGAAAAACUAGAAGUGUCUAUAUUUUUUCAUUUUAAGCUACAAACUGAAGCUACAAACAGAAAUCCUUCCGAUUUAAAUUUUUGUUGCAGUUAUCAGUGAUAAUUUCGUUAACCAAUAAUUUCAUAAUCAUCAUGUACAUUUGAUCUACCUCUGGUAAACGACACAGCUAGCUCCCAUCCUCCUUGUUUCUCAUGAAAAUGCAACAAAAUAUCAACGCUUAUAGAAGAGAAGAGCAGACAUGUGGACACGUUGAUGCCAAGGAAAAGCAGACACUUUGUGAACCGUGUGGGGCAACUCUCACCGGUAAAAACACAAGCAGCACUGUAUAUGUUAGACAGUCAACUUUAGACUCAAAGGUUUAGCUGCUUACUGGAAAUGACUAAAACUACAUCAAAUUUUUCUGUCAAAAUUAACAAUGACUGAGAGACAAAUGCCUAGUUGUUAUUUUAUUCCUCUUUAACUGAUGACCUCAGACAGAUCCUUCACUGACUAAUCUUAUACCCACUCCUUGAACACCAAACACCUGCAGGCAGGGCACCAAUAUGUUGUUUGUGCUGGUUGUUGUUUAUUGCGGCUUUUAUAGUUUAUAGCGGUUAUUUUGUAUUAAGAGUCAUAAUGUAGCUCCAUGUACCUGCUCUCUGCAUUAUAAGCUCAAACAUACCCAGCAAACAUCCUGAGAGCCUCUCUCAGGUCAAAAACUGACUAUAGUACGAUUGUUCCUGUCAACAAAGUCUGUAUUUGUUUUGUUAUUUUAAACAUGUCAGCCUGUCACAAGUAUUGCCUCCUAGUGGUCGACCAAUCAGUCAGUCAACCGAGUAGCAUCAGAAACGGGCUCAGAAGUUUGUGUGUUCAAUUCAUGGUUUAGGCUUCAUCAGACCAAAUUUUUUUGUAUAUUUUGUUUUAUUAUAAUUGAUUAAGAAAGAGUAGAACACAAUUCUUGGACACAAAAUUUCUUAUCAUAGAAAGCAACAACAUCCAGGCCACGGAUGUGAUUUUUAGAUCGAGGGCCACAUACAGCCAACUUUGAUCUUAAGGAACAGACUGGAACAGCUCAGAAUGGAGUCUUUGCUGAGUCCCCUGAUCUAGGCGAUGUUAAAGAGUGCAUCAAAAUAAUGUCUGUAAUGUCUACAACUUAGUUCAAAUUUAAUUUUGGAACACGUUUUUUUUUUUUUUUUCUAACCAGGUCCAAAAAAACAAACAAACAACCAAAAAACAAGUUAUUCAGCAUCAAAAUGUUUGCUGGGUAGGUGAAUAUUUACAAAAAAAGGGCCUUUAUCUGUCUUUUAUUAUUUUUGCUUAUUUUAAUUUGUGUUUUUCGUUUCCUGUUGUAGCACUUUAUUAACUGUACCUUACAUUUAUUUCAGCUCAUUUGUCGUUAAGGCUUGACAUUCAUUGUGUUUUGCUUUUGUGUAGAAACUUUGUACAAAUGUUCCAGUUCUAAUUAAAAGUGUUGCACGCCU